UCCCGUUAACCCAAAGUUGAGUUAUUAUUACGAUUUUGCCCAUAUCGAUUUGCCUUCCUCUUACUAUUGCUCCAAAAUCGUCCACCACUGGCCGCGCGCGUCCAGGUCUGAAAGGCUGCCGUUGCCGUUGGUUGACGCUCGACAGAAGCUUGUUGUUUGCCGAUUACCUUUUUCUCAGCGUCGAGAAGAACGCCCAACUCAGCAAGCAUCAUUGUUGUGUCUCUGGUGCGAAUAGAGUCAGUUGAACGAGCUUUCAUUUUAACCGCCUCUAAUCUCUGCUCCUCUGCUUCUUUCUUUUUCCCUUCUGUUCUUCGCCUUGAGUAAUUAACGUCCCAACUUCCCAACACUUGAUAUAUAGUUGCUCUACCUAAACUGGGUUUCGAGUUUUGGUCCAGAUUUUGUUGUUCUAGGGUUCAUGGCUUCGUUGUUCAAGGACCCAACAAAGCUAUCUGUUUAUCGGGAUAGAAGAUUUCAUGGAUCACAAGAUGAAUUUGAAGUGGCACUUCAGACUUCAACCACUGUUUAUGUGGGAAAUAUGUCCUUUUAUACGACAGAAGAGCAAGUAUAUGAGCUUUUUUCUCGAGCUGGAGAAAUUAAAAAGAUAAUCAUGGGUUUGGAUAAGAAUUCAAAAACGCCUUGUGGCUUUUGUUUUGUCCUAUACUAUUCUCGGGAGGAUACCGAGGAUGCUGUUAAAUAUAUAAGUGGAACAAUUCUUGAUGAUCGUCCCAUCCGUGUGGAUUUUGAUUGGGGAUUUCAGGAUGGCAGGCAAUGGGGCCGUGGUCGAAGUGGUGGACAGGUGCGCGAUGAAUAUCGAACAGACUAUGAUCCUGGUAGAGGUGGCUAUGGAAAGUUGGUUCAGAAAGAGUUGGAAGCACAGAGGCAGCUUGUGGAUUAUGGUACUGGUUCACUAGGCUCUAUGGCACCAGUUAUGACUCAGUAUGGAAAACAUGGUGGAAGCCAUGGACAUGGGCAUCGUCAUGGUAGAGAUUACCAUCAUCGUAAGCGCUACCGAGAUGAUGAUCGCCAUGCCCAUGAAAGCUCUAAAAGAACGUCAGAUUACGAGUCUAGAAGAAACUCCAAUUAUGAAUCGAGACCGGAGAAGAAUCCAAGGUUCCGCGAGAGUGGUGAUUCUGAUGAAGAGGAUGACGAUGACCGAAAGCAGCGACACUAACCCCAGUGGUGUUUUCAUAUCAAUCAUAAUGCGAGUAAUCAUUUACAUUGGUGUUUUGUAGUUCAGCAGAUCAUAAAGGACAAUUUCGUUACUUGUAGAUGUAAAAACUAACGAGUUAUUUUUUGUUUCAUACCACUAGGUACUUUGUGUUUUCUUUAAUGAAGGAAUGACUAGAAAUGGCUGUGUACUGUUUAUUUUUAUAAGAACCAAGUAGGCGUUUUGUCGGAACUAUCAUGAGAAAAAUGUAGAAUUCAAUUAUCUUCCAAGUACUUUUAA